AUGGCACGGUGGCAGCACCAGAGGCAGGUCCGAACAGACUAUCGACCAAACUUGAUAAUAAACAUGAAGCUUGCCCUCUUUGUCCAAUUGGCGGCCGUAUCCGCUCCAGCUCUCGCGGUUGACCUCGCAGUUCAAGUCGGCCAGCAUGUCAUAUACUCUUACCCAGGCCUUACGCCUCCAGAGAGCCUAUACAAGCUCACCUCGCAAGGCAAGGUCGGCGGUCUCAUAAUCUUCAAGGAGAAUGUCGGCUCCAACCUACCAGCCAUCAUGGACAAGUUCCAGGCUCUCUACAAGGCCUCACCAGCCUACAACGGCCAUCCCAUGAUCAUUACCACCGACCAGGAGGGCGGCAACGUCCGUCGUGUCCCCGGCGGUCCAAACAUGACUGCACGGCAGAUUGGCGAUUCCUCGACUCCCAUGAGAGAUGCUAGCCAGGCCGGACGGGAUGCCGCAGCUGCAUUGAAAGCACAGAAGUUGAACGGAAACCUGGCGCCUGUUUUGGACAUUUAUCGUGAAGAAGGCAACUUCAUCGACGAGUUUGGCCGUUCAUUCGGUAACAAUGCCGAGAUAGUGAGCGAGUGUGGUUCGGCCUUUGCUAUCUCGCAGUCUCGUGCUGGCGUGCUGUCAACGGUGAAGCAUUUCCCUGGCCUUGGAGCCGCAAAGAAAGGUGAAAAUACCGAUCUGGUUCCUAUCAAGAUCGAUACCUCCUUGGCUGAGCUUCGUGCUAUCGAUGAAGUGCCAUACCAUACCGCCAUUGCCAACGGUGUCGACAUGAUCAUGACGUCUUGGGCGGUAUACCCCGCCAUGGACGCUAAAUAUCCUGCUGGUCUGAGCAGGAAGUGGGCCACCGAUGAGCUGCGAACUAGACUUGGCUAUAAGGGCGUUAUUAUCACUGAUGCUAUCGAAGCUGGCUCUCUCAGAAGCUUCGGAACCGACGGACAGCGAGGUGUGAUGGCUGCGAAAGCCGGAGUUGAUAUCUUGCUUGCUUCCGGUAGGAAUGCAACUCAGGGGGAAGCCAUCGUUAACGAGGUUGUGGCGGCCUUGAAGAAUGGGGCCUUGUCCAUGACCGAGUUCCAGGAGAGCACAAUGAGAAUCCAGGCUCUCCAGAGUAGGCUUUCCGCAUAG